UUGAGAAGACAAACACAAAGUAAGUCAAUGAGGUGACACUAUAAUGCGUAUUAAAUAUUGGCUUCUUAUAGCAUCAGAGUUAAGACUUAUCUUACCGGUACUUUCUGCUGCCUAUUAAAAAUUAGUGAGAGGGAGUUAAGCAUAGUAUUAACAGUGUAGCUCCUUCAGGUUUUGGCUUUUGGUAUUCCCUGUGUUCAGUUAGCCCUUUGCAGAGUUAGUCUUAGGUAUAUACCAAAAAAGAAAAAAAAAAAAAUCCUCUAUCACUUUUUUACUGUCAGUUGAUGAUGAGGGACAUCUUUUGGGUACCAAAUGCCUGUAAAGUAAUGUUAUAUUUGAUUUUUUUUCCCGAUUGAUGGGUACACCAUUGAGAGCUAUGGCCAUGGGGAUUCUUAUUACAGUAAGAAAAAGCCUAUCUCCUGAUGCUAGCCGAACCUGUCUGAAACAGAUCAUUGGAUUCUGAUUGGUUGGCUGGAUGUGAGAGAAUUUGGAAGCAGCCUUACAAGGUACUUUUGAUUUUAGGAAGCCAAAUCAGCAAGAUUACUCUUCCACUGUCUCCUGCCUUGUCUUUGUUACAGUCAUUUAUUAAUUUGUCUUUUUUAUAUGAUUAUGAUCUGUGUAUAUGACAAGAAUUGCUUGCUCUUUGAAUGCUAUCUUCUGUCACCCAACACUGCUGUUUUUUAGCAGGUUUUGAGUACUUGACUCUCACAUCAUAUUUUCUUAUGAAGACUGUGCUCUACUGAGUUACCUGUAGGAUAUCAGAAACAGUCAACUUCAGAACUGUGUGAGAAAUUUCAUUUUUAAGGCCACCAUAUAUAAUAUUUUUUUUUGUAUGGUCUGUAUUUAUUUGUAAGGUAUCUUUGCUUUCUAUUUCCAUCUUUCUCUAUCAUCUGGCAUUUUGAUUUAGAUGAUUUUGAUCUUCUCAGCACUUUAGAUAUGUUAUUAGUACAGUCUUUAUGGCUAGAAUAGAAGUUACAAGAUGAAAUGACAGAUCAGAGAAAGAAUGGUUAUGACUCGACAUGAAAAUGACCUACCUAAACAUUUUUGAUUGGUAGUUUCCUUGUCCUUUUGGGAACAGAUUAUAAUCAGCUCUUAAAUUAUCAGUAUGUAUGUAUCAGGAUGCUUUCUGGUGCAAGUAACAGAGAGGCUAAUCAAAACAGGAAGGAUUUUAUCAUCUCAUAUAAUGAGAAGUACAAUAGAGUGGUUCCAGGGUUGGUUAACUCCACUCCCUCUUUCAUCUUUUUUAUUAUUUUCAUUUUCUUCUAUUCUUUCAUUCUAAAAUUUUUGUUUAAUUGCCCAUGACUAUUAGCCUAGUCUCUAAGCAGUGUGUGGUUGACAUAAACUGUUUAUACCCGUGGGGAGAAGAAACCGUAGUUUAUAGGCUGCUUUGCUCUGAAUUAUUUCUAAUGAUUCUAGUAUAUUUUCUGUUUCAUCUUUUAUUUGCAUAGUUGAAGCCAAAGGAAUAUGAGUUGUUUCCUAGAUAUCUAACAGUGUUUAUUUGUAUAUUACAUGUAAACACUUAAUGAAACGAACUUUUAAAAAGCACAGUGUUUCUCUCUGUAGUCAGAAGCUCCGCAGACGAUAAAACACCCUGUCAGUAAAUCCAUUGCACUUACUGUGAUGUCCCUUGAGUUGCAAAACAUAUUAAUCUUUGCUUAGCAGAGAUUAUAAUCUUCAAGUAAUAUUACAUAUUUUAUUUUUAGAAGUGCUUUAUAGAUAUUAGAAACAUGGAAUGUUGGAGCUGAAAUACUGGGUAACAUUUGUAGAGUACUUUAUAUGUGCUUGGCACUUAGUUUUACACAUAUCAAUGUGUUUAUUCUUCAGAAUACCCACAUAAUAUAUAUGUUAUUAUCCUUUACAGUUAGACACAGAGAAGUGAAAUGACAUUUCCAAGAUCACACAGUAGCAAAGCCAGAAUACCACUAAUGAUAGCUUCUCAUCACAUUUAAAAUAAAUUCUCUCCUUUUUGGAAUCUGACCCCUGCUUUUUUUUUCUUUUUUUUUUUUUUUUUUUUUUUUUUUUUUCAUUUUCCUACAAAUGCCCUAUGCUUUAUUCCCACUCAUUGUGGUUUUAUGAACAUUUGAUAUCCUGUUCUUUCACAUUACGUACCCUCUAUCCAAAAAAAAUAUUAACAAACGAAGUUAAUAAUAAUCAAAACUCAUACUUGCUCCCUUCUUUAUUGUAUUAGUAAAUUAUAUACAUGUUUGUCACUGAAUGUGGCACUAUAUUGACAUUUAUUCAUGUGACUCUCUUGAAAGCAGAAAGAUUUUUAAAAAAUUUGUUUCUUGAGUAUUUAGCAUUUUGUUUAAUACGUAAUAUUUGCAACUUAUGUGUGUAUUGGACGGAGCUUUGUGGCUUUGAAACUGUUACUUCUGAAUCUCAGUUUCUUUUGCCUGUGAAAUGUGAAUAAUUUGGACUAGAAUCUCUGCUCUUUUAACUUUUUACAACUUAGCGUUUUAUGUUUAGUUUAUAAAAGAAAACCAUAUCAAGAUUUAAAUUUUAAGAUUGCUUUUGUAGUAUUAACAAAGCAUGUUAACACAUUAUUAGACUUUACAGUGAAACUCAGUAGAAAAAAUGAAAUCAGUAUUAACUAAUAAUGAGAAAAGCAGAGUUGCAGAAAAAUAAGUAUAGUGUGUUACUUUUGUGUAAGUAAAAUGGAUAAAUAAGAAAGAACACAUAUAUCUUCCUACAUUUGUGGAAAAGAAACACAGUAAGGCUAAAUCAGUAAGCACUGAAAUUGGUUACCUACAAAGGGGAGGUAGGGAAAAGUGUCCAUUCUUUGAUUAUACAUUUUAGUAUAGUUUGGACUUGGAGAAGCACAUUAAUGUUCUACAUAUUAAAAAAAAAAAUGAUGGGGGAAAACAUCGUAAAACUGAAUGCAAACAGACAUGAACCCAACUGUAUUCUAAGUGAGUAACAAUAAGUCUUAAUGGGGGCUAAGGGACAAAGUUAACUGAUCCAUCUAAAAUUUGAACAUAGCUUUUGACUAUAUCCCGUUAGUUUAUGGGGAAAAACUACAAACAAAUAUGGAGCUCUUUUUUUUUUUUUUUUAAGUGAUUUUUGUUGUUUUUGUAAUGGUAUAAGUGAGACAAUUCUGAAACAAUUUUAUUUGUAUUGCAGGCAGUGCUUCUCAACCAGUGGUAGUUUUCACCCCUAGGGAAUUUGGCAAUGCCUGGAGAUACUUUGAACUGGUCAUGACUUAGAGGGAGGUGCUACUGGCAUCUAGUGGAGAGGGGUGAAGUUAUGUUACUAAGCAUUGUACAAUACACAGGACCUCCCAACACUUCCCCGCCAAACCAAGAAUUAUUUCUGGUCUAAAAUGUCAAUAGUGGACCAUUAAGAAACUCCAGGCCAGACAUGUGGCCUACGCCUAUAAUCUCGGUACUUUGGGAUGUUGAGGCUGGCAGAUCACUUGUCAGGAGUUUGAGACCAGCCUGGCCAGCAUGGUGAAACCCUGUCUCUACUAAAAAUAAAAAAAAAAUUUACCAGGUGUGGUAGCAUGCGACUGUGGUCCCAGCAAUCCGGGAGGCUGGUGGAGAAUCGCUUGAACCCAGGAGGUGGAGGUUGCAGUGAGCCCAGAUCGCUUCACUGCACUCCAGUCUGGGGGACAGAGCGAGAACCUGCCUCAAAAAAAAAAGAAAGAAGAAACUCUGGAUUAAGGAAAUGCAUUGAUGUUGGUGCAAGCUAGGGUUAUUAAUGAUAGGAGAAGGGAAGUUCUGGAAUAUAGAAAUGGGAAGGCAGAGAAGAAUCUUGGGGAAAUUGGAGGUAUCAAUAUGAACAUGUAUUCAUAUUAUAUUUAUAUAUUUCACAGAAAUGGCCAAGCCACAGUGGUACCACCCAGAUCUUGAUUUCUAAAUACACUUCCCAGUGAAGGGAACCAGAAACACUUGGAUAAAUGGCUGAUUCUAGGGAUGACUCAGGAAGGUACCAGAUCAGUGUAGAACAUCUUGCUGGACCAGAAAAUCUUGUAGAAAAUUUCAGCUGUAGCCCUUGGACUAGAAGCUGAAAUAAUAGAAGCUGUGUACGAUGCAUUAGGGUAUUGAAGAAAAUUAACUUUUGAAUUAAAUAUUUGGAAUAUAAGGAAAUAAGGAAAGGUGACUGAAAAUGGGGCGGAAGAAAAUACAAAUCACACGCAUAAUGGAUGAAAGGAACCGACAGGUCACUUUUACAAAGAGAAAGUUUGGAUUAAUGAAGAAAGCCUAUGAACUUAGUGUGCUCUGUGACUGUGAAAUAGCACUCAUCAUUUUCAACAGCUCUAACAAACUGUUUCAAUAUGCUAGUACUGAUAUGGACAAAGUUCUUCUCAAGUAUACAGAAUAUAAUGAACCUCAUGAAAGCAGAACCAACUCGGAUAUUGUUGAGGCUCUGAACAAGAAGGAACACAGAGGGUGCGACAGCCCAGACCCUGAUACUUCAUAUGUGCUAACUCCACAUACAGAAGAAAAAUAUAAAAAAAUUAAUGAGGAAUUUGAUAAUAUGAUGCGGAAUCAUAAAAUCGCAGUGAGUACUAAACCUGGUUUGCCACCUCAGAACUUUUCAAUGUCUGUCACAGUUCCAGUGACCAGCCCCAAUGCUUUGUCCUACACUAACCCAGGGAGUUCACUGGUGUCCCCAUCUUUGGCAGCCAGCUCAACAUUAACAGAUUCAAGCAUGCUCUCUCCACCUCAAACCGCAUUACAUAGAAAUGUGUCCCCCGGAGCUCCUCAGAGGCCACCAAGUACUGGCAAUGCAGGUGGAAUGUUGAGCACUACAGACCUCACAGUGCCAAAUGGAGCUGGAAGCAGCCCAGUCGGAAAUGGAUUUGUAAACUCAAGAGCUUCUCCAAAUUUGAUUGGCGCUACUGGUGCAAAUAGUUUAGGCAAAGUCAUGCCUACAAAGUCUCCCCCUCCACCAGGUGGUGGUAAUCUUGGAAUGAACAGUAGAAAACCAGAUCUUCGAGUUGUCAUCCCCCCUUCAAGCAAGGGCAUGAUGCCUCCACUAUCGGAGGAAGAGGAAUUGGAGUUGAAUACCCAAAGGAUAAGCAGUUCUCAAGCCACUCAGCCUCUUGCUACCCCAGUCGUGUCUGUGACAACCCCAAGCUUGCCUCCGCAGGGACUUGUGUACUCAGCAAUGCCGACUGCCUACAACACUGAUUAUUCACUGACCAGCGCUGACCUGUCAGCCCUGCAAGGCUUCAACUCCCCAGGAAUGCUGUCACUGGGACAGGUGUCGGCCUGGCAGCAGCACCACCUAGGACAAGCAGCCCUCAGCUCUCUUGUUGCUGGAGGGCAGUUAUCUCAGGGUUCCAAUUUAUCUAUUAAUACCAACCAAAACAUCAACAUUAAGUCCGAACCAAUUUCACCUCCCCGGGAUCGAAUGACCCCAUCGGGCUUCCAACAGCAGCAGCAGCAGCAGCAGCAACCGCCGCCGCAGCCACAGCCACAACCCCAGCAGCCCCAGCCCCGACAGGAAAUGGGGCGCUCUCCUGUGGACAGUCUCAGCAGCUCCAGUAGCUCCUAUGAUGGCAGUGAUCGGGAGGAUCCACGGGGCGACUUCCAUUCUCCAAUUGUGCUUGGCCGACCCCCAAACACUGAGGACAGAGAGAGCCCUUCUGUAAAGCGAAUGAGGAUGGACGCAUGGGUGACCUAAGGCUUCCAGGCUGAUGUUUGUACUUUGUGUUACUGCAGUGAACUGCCCUGCAUAUCUAAAUCGGUAAAUAAGGACAUGAGUUAAAUAUAUUUAUAUGUACAUACAUACAUAUAUAUAUCCCUUUACAUAUAUAUGUAUGUGGGUGUGAGUGUGUGUGUAUGUGUGGGUGUGUGUUACACAGAAUCAGGCACUUACCUGCAAACUCCUUGUAGGUCUGCAGAUGUGUGUCCCAUGGCAGACAAAGCACCCUGUAGGCACAGACCAGUCUGGCACUUCCUUGGACUACUUGUUUCAUAAAGAUAACCCGUUUUUGCAGAGAAACGUGUACCCAUAUAUAAUUCUCCCACACUAGCUUGCAGAAACCUAGAGGGCCCCCUACUUGUUUUAUUUAACUGUGCGGUGACUGUAGUUACUUAAGAAAAAAUGCUUUGUAGAACAGAGCAGUAGAAAAGCAGGAACCAAGAAAGCAAUACUGUACAUAAAAUGUCAUUUAUAUUAUCCAACCUGGCAUGGGUCUCUGUUGCAAAGGGGUGCAUGGGAAAGGGCUGUUGAUAUUAAAAAACAAACAAAAGAAAAAAGCCCCACACAUAACUUUUGCACGUGCAAAAAUGUAUUGGGUCAAGAAGUGAUCUUUAGCUAAUAAAGGAGAAUAGAAAACACGCAUGAGAUAUUCAGAAAAUACUAGCCUAGAAAUAUAGAGCAUUAACAAAGUAAAAUUAAUAUAUUAAGUUAUAAUUGGAAUAUGUCAGAAGUUUCUUUUUACAUUCAUAUCUUAAAAAUUAAAGAAACUGAUUUUAGCUCAUGUAUAUUUUAUAUGAAAGAAAACACCCUUAUGAAUUGAUGACUAUAUAUAAAAUUAUAUUCACUACUUUUGAACACAUUCUGCUAUGAAUUAUUUAUAUAAGCCAAAGCUAUAUGUUGUAACUUUUUUUUUUUUAGAGAAUAGCUUUAUCUUGGUUUAACUUUUUAGUUUUAUUUUAAGAGGGGAAAACAAACAAAAAUAUCUUGCAAGCAGAACCUUGGAAAAAAAAAGCCAUGAACACUUAUUCUAUAUAUAAAUUAAAAGUUGAGCCAAACUCUUUGUGUAUAUAGCAUCUUAAAUAUAUUAUCACCUUUGAUGUAAGUACCUAUGUAUUGUAUGGUCACCAGAUUAAAAAGUAUAUUUUUGUGGAUUGCCGCCAAUUUAGGGGGAAAAGGCGAGGUCCUUUAUUAAGUAUUCACUGUUUAAUAUUUACUAUUUUGUUAAAUAUACUGUACUUUGGAUUUUAAUUAUUAGCCCAGUUUUUUCAGAGGAUUGUAUAAAGGGGUUUCUCCCCUCACUGGUGGUGAAUGUGUGAUGUUACAUUGUAAUCUUUGUGCCGUAUGGGUUGAGCAUCAUUAUAUAUUUUAUAUGUGUACAUAAAUAGCAAAGUGGCAAAAAAAAAAAUUGGUGUUAAGUUCAUCCUGCAUAAGUAUAAAAUGUGUUGUAACAGAUUUUAUAAGGCAUUAUUUAAAACUUGCCUUUUGUGAGGAAAAAAAUAUAGUAGAAAAAGCCGACCUAAUUUAAUGAAUAUUAGAGAAAAUGACAAAAUAGUAGAUGAGCACAAAGGUUUUAUAAGUGGUAAAUGAUUAGGGGAAAAUACUCGUGGGUAAAGGGAUCUUUUUUCCUUGACCUCUGAAAACAGAAUGAUGCGGCUGGUGACAAAAUCCUACUGAGAUCAGCUCUUCUGCGCAUCACAGUGAUGCUUUGGUAUGCGGGGAGAAACGCUCUUAUGGUGCAGGUCCUUGGCAUGACUCUUGCCAUUCUAAUUGGAAUUAGUGCCACCCUCAGCUUGGAUUGUAAACAAGGCCUUAUUCUUACAGGAAGACAGCUAAUGGAUGAUAGCAAGUUCAUCCAUUUACUGGGCUUGUGCCAUGAGCAAAAUUCAAAGUCCUGUGUAUCUUUCAUUGUAGAUUUUUACAUACUCCUUUUCCUGAAACACUCAAGGGUUUAAAAAUGGCUAUUUUAUAUUUUAAACAAUAUUGAGCAGCUACCUACAAUUUUUACGUACAUUUUGUUCCCCCGCCCCCAAAUUAUGCUCCUUUUGACAUUUUCCUCAUCUGCUGUUUGUGACAAAUCAUCAGCCAGAUUUCUUGACUAACACAUAGGUAUAAUCAGGUGCAGAGGCCUGUGCAUCACAGGCCGCAAACUGGAGGCUCUGUUCUCAUGGCAGUUUGGGUAGUAACUUUCCAGGAGGCCGAAAAAAGGAGGAUGACAGUGCUGCCUCUUCUCUUCAGUACAGACAUUUGGCUCUUAUUCAGAAAGGAUUUUUCUUUAAAAAUGUACUUAUUUUACUGAACUACUUACAGGCACAUUUCUUCAUAAGGCCACACCUAAUCCAAAUAAGGCAGUCUCCCAACACUGAAGUUCCAGAAUAAUCCCUUACCACUUUGUAAACCAUUUAUAGCUUUGAAAGUGUUAAGUGAUUCCUUCGUUAUUAUUUAUGCAUGUUCAUGAACUUCUGCUGUACAUUGGAAUAGGAGUUAACACAUUCACAUUUACUGUCUAUUUUCUUGUGUGCCUUAUGAGAUGGCUUUUCUGACUGUAUCUCAAUAGUCUUUCUUUCUAUGCAGGUUUAUAAUCAGUACAACUACUGUUUUCUAAAAUAAUAUUACUCAAGGCUCGGAGUUUGUACUUAAAUUACACUGACCAAGUAACAAUGUAUUCCAUUUUCAGGAACUGAAUAUUUGACUGUUAACCUUUUUCCCAUACGCCCAGUGUGGCAUGGAGCAUAUGGACUUGACACACAUCUCACCCAGACGUCCAUGUGUGAACACACCCACACCCACAGCUCUGGGUGGACACCAACCUAGAGCGGGGACGACGCUAAUGGUGUUGCUUUAGAACCGUCUUUUCUUACCCUUUUAGACUCGUGUUUUGUAUGAGACACCAUUGCAAGAAAAUUUUAUCCCUCCAGAAGUAUUUUAUUACUAAAAAAACAAAAACAAAAAAAGCUUAGAGUAAAUUGCACUGGUUAAAGUACAGUUUCCAACAGCUGUACUUCUUCAGAGCUCUAACCGCUGCUCCACUGCGGUGCAAGUCACCACUGUGUGUACACAGGUGUCCCAAUCAGAACUCCAUCUUUUGAGCCCAAUUCUGUCCAUCGUGUUAUAGACUAAAUCAGGGGUUUGUUCGAAAAGAACAAUACAUGUUUUACCAUUUCCUUUAAGAACAACCAAUAACGCAUUAACAUAGUUUCUGUAUUAACCAUCAUGCGCACAAGAAAUACAUAGUAAAUAAGGAACCUGAAAACUCCUGGCAUUGGAUCAUAAGAAGCUAGAUGAUUAGAAUGUGAAAAAGAUUUUACAAAUGUAAAACUUCUAUUUCUCUGUAGAAACUUUCUUCACUUUGCUGUGCAAGAAGACACUGCUUUGCUAUAUUUAAAAUGGCUUUUUUAAAAGAGAUUUAUGUAUUUGGUAAAUGUUUGUAGUCAACAGUUCACACAAGAAGCUGUACACGGUUUGAUCAUGUAAAACCGUUUGGCGGCACAAGCUGGACUUUGUUGCCAUCCUUGAGAUGAACCUUUUAAGAAAAAUAAGUUAAUCUCAAUUUUUCCCUGAAUGUGUUGUUUUUCUUCAUUAUACAAUAAAUAUAAUAGUGAACUUUUUAUCAAAUGGUGAAGACAAUGCUAGAGGUCGUUGUAAACUGUCUGUCUCCCGCACUCACUCCAGUAAAGACGGACUGGCUCUCACUGUG